CCUUUUGGCAAUGGUAGUGUAUUGCAAAUGUGAUAUAUCCCACAAACCGAUUCAUUUUAGCAAGAUCUUUAGUUCAGAUAACGGAUACUUCAGGACAUCAAAAGGACUUUCAGCACCGCCUUCCGUCCGAUCAAAAUUGGGAAAAGGCGAAGGCCAGUGGUCCCACAGGCGCCCGCAGACCGAUUCACGCGUGCCACACGUCUCCCAGAAUAAGAACAGGUGUAAACGAAACGGUCCCGGACCAGUCGGGCGCAGUCGGCGAUAAGUUUUUCACUCAGUCACAGUCCGCAGACCGACGAAGUGAGCAACGGAAAGAGAGAAAGAGAAAGAGAGAGGGAGAGAGAGAGUGUGUGUGCGUUGCUGUGAAGUGUAGCGGACUUUUUUUUCCUCUCUCCUUUUUUCCCACCUGGCAAGGAACCGAUUUUUUUUUUGUCCGAGUUUGCAUAUCGGGAGCUACGGUGCAUGUUUCAGACGACUAGUCUACGAGGGAUCUUGCAGCCAUGGCCGAUUAUCUGGAUGAUACUUUCACUUGGCAGGACAUAGAAACUGUCCUUUUGAGGGACAUCAAACUCUCGACCACAGAGAGCGCCACUUCCCCCUUCACCCCAGCCCAACACCCUCAGCAGAAUCCUUCUCCUCCGGCGGGAAUCCCUCCCCCGAUCUUACACACUUUCCCACCGCCAGCUGUCAUUUCCGCUUCUCACCCGCCGGAGGCCCAACCGAAGGAGGAAGAGGAGGCCCAUCACCUCGUCACCAUGCAGCCACCCAGGGGUCACCAGCAGCAACAACCCCCCGCUGGUGCUGCGGCUGCUUCAGGCGUCUCACUGCCCCUGACGGUUCCGGUGUCGAGGUCCCGCGAGGAGGUCCCUGCGUGCAAUACCGUCCAAUCGUCCAUCCCCGUCCCGUCUCCCCUCCUCCUUAUGCCACAGGACCCUCACGCCCUUCCUGUUCAUUCACAGUCUCGCCACACUCACUCGCCGCCUUCAGGAGAAGCCUCCUAUCCGACGGCGGCGGCGGCUGCCGCUGCCGUUCCCUACCCUGCCGCGCCGCCCUAUCAGGGGCAUCACUGGAAAAUAAAAUGCGAGUACGAGCCGAGUUCGGCUCUAGACGCCCGCUGGGAAUACAAGAAGGAGCCUUACUGGCCAGAGAAAGAAGAUACCUAUAUGGAGUAUUACCAGGGUACCGAUCGCCAUUUGCCCUACGGGUAUUUCCCCUCCACGCCGCCGUACCCAGGAGAGCUCUACCCUCCCGCGGGAGGAACUCCGCAUUGCCAUCCGCACGGCAUUCCCUCCGCGUCCCCGCACCCUUUAUUGACCCCGCCGUCUUCUCCUCACCUGCCGGUACAAAUGCCCAGAAUCCCCAAUUCUAGCAUGCCCCAGGGGAUGCCCCCUCAUCACGGGUUGUCAGCCGGGAUGCCCGUCGGGUAUCCAGCCCUCUUGACGCAGCCGCAGGGGCCCAUCAAACCCAAGACGCGCCGGAGGAGGACGUGGAUCCGUCGGAAGGCUGUUGUCCACACCUGCUCCUACACGGGUUGCGCCAAGACCUACGCGAAGUCCUCUCACCUGAAGGCGCACAUGAGGACCCACACGGGCGAGAAGCCUUACACCUGCGACUGGAAAGGCUGCGGGUGGAAGUUCGCCAGGUCGGACGAGCUGACGCGGCAUUAUCGUAAGCACACUGGGGACAGGCCGUUCCAGUGCCGUCUCUGCGAGAGAGCCUUUUCCAGGUCGGAUCACCUCAGCCUUCACAUGAAACGUCACAUGGCGCUCUGAGAGUCACAAGAGAUAAGUGGUGACCCCUUAUGCAGAUGCGUUCGUUUCGUUCUGUUUCUAAAAACUGAAGAACAGAAACUCAAUGUUUUGAAUUGUAAAUGGCACUUUGAGUUUCAUCGCUGAAUAAUGAUGAUUCUUCCUCCUCCAAGUGCCAUCGUUUUGUUUAUUAAAACUAAGGAACAUGAAAUUCCAUGUUUUGAAUUCUAUAUGGCACUUAAUUAAGAGUUUCAUCACAGAUUAUUGAUAAAUCUCUCUCAAAGUGCCAUCGUUUUGUUCGUAAAAUACCGUGCAGGACACUAAACAUUUUGAAUUUCAAGUAAUCAAGUGACUUUGUUGCAAAUGCCAUUAUUUUAAUAGUAAAAAAAAUUGAGAAAAUCAUGAUUCUUUGAGAUUCUCAAGAGAUUAAUGAUAAUUCUUUCUCCAAGUGCCAUCAUUUGUCUAUAGAAACUACAGCCCAGGAAACUAAACACUUCGAAUUUUAAGUAAUCAAGUUACUUUGUCUCAAGUUCCACUGUUUCAUUGUUUCUAUAUUAAAGCAUAUAUGUAUACCACCUUGAGCCUCAGGAAUGAAGAAUAGGGCCAUUUUCUUCCUAGUGCCAUCUUUUUUAUAAGAUCAAAUCGCAUACACAGAGGAAUUGAAGAUUCUGUUUACGAGUUUUACAGAAAGUUAUGUUGCUUUAUCAGUUGAAAAUAAAAAAUUUACUCCUCCUUGUGGGUCGUGUCACAAUUUAUUAUUGUUAUUAUUUAUUAUUAUUAUUACUAUUUUUUUAAUUAUUAUUAUUUCAAUUUUGUAUUUUUUUACUUACCUGGUGACAAUACUAUUAGGCAACGCAAAUCAACCAUCAGUUGCAUGUUACUGUUCAAAAAAUAUUUACCCUUUUGUAGAUAAACAUUUGUAGAUAUAAAUAAAAAAAACCUCAAUCAUCUUUCAUCACGUAGAGUUGCCAGAUGAAGGAUAACAUUGUCUUAUGCCAGUGAUUAAUCCCAUUAAUGCAAUCAAACAGUGCCAACAAGUGCCAUAUAUAUAUAUAUUAUUUAUGCUAAUAACCAUAACCUCAUUUUCAUCCUCCUCAUUAAAUCAACCUCAUUUUAACGUUUAUUUUCUUCUGUUUUGUCAAAAAAAUCUUUCUUUUUAUUCUGUUGUUGUGAAAUAUAUUAGUUCAUUGUGGUCGUAUACUGGUAAGUGGUGUAGUCCUUCUGAAUAUUGCGAAUAACAGCUUUCUCUCUCUCUC